AUGCCGGGCCGCACGGUGCGCGUGGGCGGCCUCCCCGCCGACCUGCCGCCCGACCGCGUGGCCGACAAGCUCACGAUCCACUUCCUGCGCGCCCGCCACGGCGGCGGGGAGAUCGCCGAGGUGCGGGUGCUGCCCGGCGCCCCGGCCCGCGCCCUCGUCACCUUCGAGGAGGCGGCAGUGGCCCGGCGGGUGCUGGAGGCCCGGGAGCACGUCCUGUCUGUCGCAGGGAAGAGCUACCUGCUGGAAGUCACCGCGCACGCCCCGGAGCUGAGCCCUGACGAGAUCUUCAUACAUGUUUACAUGAUAGUUGACUAUGGGAAGCUUCCUGCUGGCAAAACCUUCCUGAGGAACUUGCAUAAAAGCUACAGCAAUGUGCAGAUCAACUUUGACUCCAAGCACACACACUGCAUAGUCAAGGGGCCAUUCACUGAGCUGCAGGCCUUCAGCAGAGAUCUGCUGUGCAGCCUGAACAUCAAGAGCCAACCAGUCGGAGAGCUUCUCCUGCCGGGAUCCAGCCAUGCCGCCCAAGGCACCAGGAUCCAUGACCACCAGCAAGUGCCUAUCUCUGUUGAAUCAGCACCAAAGACAGUGAAACUGCCAAACAGGGACCAGGUGUGUGAAAAGGCAGCUGAAGUCCCAUCAUAUCAGGGUCCAGUGGAUGUAGAAGCCAUGGAGCAGCUGGAAGACUUUUCCCUAGUGAUGGACUCAGAUAUUUACUUGUACAUGCAGAGGUUCUGUGCGCCCGAGUAUCAUCGUGUGCUACGCCAGCAUCAUGUGGAUGCGGUGGACAUUAGCAGCGAUGGCAUCGUCAUACUGUACCUCCAACCAUCUGCAGGUGCAUCUGGGAACAUGGAUACCUUGGGACAUGCCCGCCUGGCCCUGCAGCAGCUCUACCAGCAGUUAGAAGUGAGCCUGCGCAAGGAGAAGAUUGACAAGAGAGGACUGGAUGAGAACAACCAGACACAGAGGGUUUUGUCAUGUGAGCUGCAGAAACUGUAUCCCCAGCUGCUCUGCCAUGAGGAUGAGAGGCAGCUUUAUCUUAUUGGAAAUCUGGUUGAUGUUUCCCAGGCCAAGCAGUAUCUUCGAGAUCUCAGAACCAGAAGAAGGACAGCGCACACAGUCAGCAAGCUAGGCAGCUCCCGGCCGUCACAGCCGGCGACCUCCCACACCACAGAGGCUGCUCUGCACAAGCCCAAAAGUCCAAUGGACAUCUCACCCUCUGGGCUGAGCCCAGGAAGGUUGGAGCUGAAAGGCGAGCCCAAGCUAGCUGCCAACUUCAGCACUCCAAAAGCUAACAGAUCUCAGGCCAGCCCAUGGCUUUUGCUGAACCAGGACUCUCCACUGGUGGGCCAAGCACAGCUUUCUGGAAAGCACUUAUCAGAGACAGAUGUCAUCAGUCCAAGUGACCCAACAGCACUGAGCCCGCAAGAGCAGCCUCAUGUCACUGCAACAGAUGUGGUUUUGAGCUCAGCAGCAGGGGCUCAGCAGAAGGACUCCAAAGAAUGGGACCAUGUCAAAGGCAGUGCUGUGCUUAUGAGAUCCAAGAGCCGAUCUCCCUCUACAGGCAAAGAAAACAGCAUUUUGCAGCAUUCUGGAGACUCUAAAGGCUUAAGUCCCAUCAAGCACCAACCCCUCAGUAGCAUGUCUGAUACCUUUCAGUCGCUGAAUCUCUUUGACACAACAAGGACCUCUUCCACGUUGGACUCUAAAUCCUCUGAAUCUAAGGCCUCACUGCGACGCUCCAAUAGCUUCUCUGUGCCAAAGUCAAAGGAAAGCAAGAAGCCUCGAGACACUGUCAGGACCAUCAGUGGCGGCAGUAGGGUGAGUGAAGAAAUGAACCUGGACUCUCUGCAGUGGUCUUACCUGAAAGGUGUUUGCUGCUCUGCUAUUGAUGAACUGUGCAGGGAUGGAGGUGUGCAGAUCUCAGAGCAUCAUGCUGGAGACAGCACUGUGCUGACGUUGCAGGCAGAGGACAGGAACAAGCUUUGCAAGGCUAAAUGGAAGGUGGAAGCUCUUGUGCGAAAGUGUCCUGACCUUGUGUGUCAGAGUAUGAGUUACUCAGAGCUUGCUGUAGAUGGGCCAGAUGACAAUGCCCUGAGUGAACUGUGCAGCCUCUUGCAAGGAAGUUCCAUCAAGGUUGGACUAAGCAAAGACAAGUACAAGCUAUAUCUUGCCUGCCCCAAGGAGAUGCUGUCAGGAGUGACUGAGGCUUUCCAGAUGUUUUCUUCCAGGAGACUGCAUGCCCUGAAGGGUUCCUCCGUGUCACCAGGACCAGCAAGAGCUGUGCGUGCAGAGCCACCAAGUGCCAUCCAACCAAGCAGAAGCCAGGAUGCCAUGAUGGGUGCAGACCUUCCUGAAAGCCUGGAGUUCCUACAGAUGGGCCUGCAGCAACUGGACAUUAAUGAUAAAGCAACCCACUCAGUUGAGCUCAAGGGUUUCCAGCUGCAAGGGGCUGAGGAAAUGAGAGCUCCCAGCCCUAUGCUGGGAGGAAGCAGCCUUCUCAGUCCUACUGGAGUGGAUAACCAAAGUUCUGCUGGCCUGAGGGAGCCCCAAGAACAGCCAAAGACAAAGCCGUCUAUGGAGGAGCCUGACAUUGCACGGCUAAAGCAGGUUUUGCCAGACAGAUUCCAGUUUGCAAGACACAAGAGCAGAAGAGGCCACAAGGAGGAGAUGGGACAUAUGUGGUCACCGGUUCCUGCAGCAGACAGUGCUCCUCACUCCUUGCCCACCUGGCUCUAUAGGACUACCACCCCUGAGCUGCACCAGACUUCAGCAGAGCAGUCACCUGCAGCAGAGCCAAGGGGCCAGGAAAGGGCCCAGGAAAGGGCCCUACUCCCAACUGGCAGGACCAAUGUGGAAGAGGAGCUUGACCUCUCAUCUCUGCAGACCAGAGGUCCCAGCCUUGGACAGGAAACCUGCACUACCCCUCUGAAUCAGUGUGAUGCCUGCCAGGACUUGUGUGUGACAUGUCAGGCACCCUGUGGCCAUGCCUUGUGCAGGACAUGUUUUGCUGCAGACAGUACCCAGCCAGCUUGCUGCUGCUCCACCUCUCUUACCCCAGGCCACAAGCUCUCAGGGACGUUCAGACUCUCCUCCCUGGCGCAAAGCCUGCCUGGUUACUAUCGAGACCUAACACUUCAGAUUGUCUACAACAUCCCUGAUGGUGUGCAAGGGGUUGGUGACCCCUGCCCAGGAAGCCCUUACAAAGGGGGAAUUUUCCAUGCCUACCUGCCUGACAACAGGGAAGGGCAGAAGACAGCAGUGCUGCUGAAGAAAGCAUUUGAGCAAGGACUGACAUUCCAGAUCAAGUCCUUCAGUGGAGAGGAAAAAGUGACAUGGGGCCAUAUCCCACACAAAACCUCUUUGCAUGGAGGCAAGGCCAGGAAUGGCUAUCCAGAUUCCCAGUAUCUCCAUGAGGUUUGCACAGUCCUGAAGAAACUGGGCAUCGCAUAAGACCCCCCUGUCUGAGCAGCCACAUCCCAUUCCCUCGCUUCCCCUUCCUUCCCAGCUGCAUUACCUGCAGCUCAAAGCUGACAGCUCAGGGAAAAGCCGUGUUUUCUCCAGAGUUCUUUGCAUCCUCCACAGUAGCCAGAAAUCUGUACAUUAGUGAUAGCAGCUCCUCCAGCCCUCCCCCCCCAACUCCCAGCUUGAAUCUGAGCUUCACUCCUGCUCCUACUGAAAGCAUGUCUUCACUAGCUGGUUAAGCAGGAGCUGGUUUCAACACUGGCUCCAGGUUGAGCCUCAUGUGGCUUUCAACAGGGAGCCAAUAACUCAAAUCUAGGCAGGAGCCUGCUUGUGGCCUAGCCCCACCUUCUGCAAUUCUGCUCCCCCUCUGGCUAAUACAGGCACCAGCCACCUCUAGAGCCUGUGUCAAAGCAGAGCUGUCAUUAGUUUCAGCUGUUAACUUAGACAUUUCAUUCCUCAAGUAGACAGCCCUGAGCUACAGCUCCUCCCCAGCACCUGUGCUGGGGACAGCAGGAAGCCUUACGUUCUCGUGGAGGGAACAUUAACAGGUUUCAGCUCCUUAGACAGCUGCCUCCCAUGAGGAUAUGCAGACAUGGACUGUCUCAACAUGAAGAAAUGCAAAUAAACAAGCUUUAUUCCCCCAUUUCUAACA